GAGAUAGCAUCCGGCUCAACCAUCUCGUUACAGAAUCUCGAAACUGAUCCAACUUGUACUGGCGUUGACGGGGUGGUGACAGCAUUCCGAAGCACUUAUAUGCAGGCACAACCGUGCACUAGUGCACAGUUCUCCCAUGUGAUUUACCAUGUUGCCAAGACUGCUCAACUCCAGGCAGCUCGAUCAGAGCAAACGCGACCACAGUACCAUAUUUUGAAUAUCAUUACCCGAGGAGCCAUUGAUGACAUCAAAGAGACGGUCCAAGCUGCAAUCUUCUCCAGCAAGACACCCAUAUCAGUAAUAUUCACAGGCAUUGGUGAUCGAAACCUAGACGAAAUAGAACGACUUGGUGAAGGUGGUAAACGACUGAUCUUUCAAGGACGGAAAACGGAUCGCGACAAUUUGCACUAUGUGAACAUGACGCGAGUGCUUCUUGAAUGUGACGGGUCAGCAGAUGAGUCGAAGAUGUCGCUCUCGGAAAAGUCACUCUAUCAAAUUCCACGACAAAUUGCAACCUAUUUCACAAAAAAUGGGAUUUUGCCAAUAGACAGACAUGGCGCUUCUGCUAUAGAAAAUUCUGUGGAAACAGUCUAUCGAUCGUCACCAGCUCAAGAAGUUGAGGAAACUGACAGCUUCGGACGAGAUAUAGACCACAGUAAGUAUAUACCACUGUAG